GGUCACUUCCUUCCUUUACCUCCAUCUGGACAAAUGCAGCAGCAGCAUAAAGGAAAGCCUGUUAAAUUAUUGAGAAUAGGAAAAGAAAGUGAGAUAAAGAGCACGCUGAUGGACUCCCUGCAACUGACAACAAUUUGAACAAGCAGUUUUCACACAAGCCAUGACUUUGUCUGUACAGAGGAAAUAAAACCGACUUGGAAUGAAGGUUGACCAACACCGUUACAGUUAGACAUGUGUUACUAUCUCCUCAGAACAAUCAGCUGUCUCUGCCUUCUUCAUACUAGUCUCCAUGCUGAAGAAUGCAGCCAGGGUGUACUGGCAGAACGUGAGACAUUGUAUGUACCAGCAGGGGGCAGUCUGUCUUUGUCCUGUGUGGUCCAGCACUGUGGAGGCGCCUGGACGGGAAACUGGAUGCGGACAAAUUCAACAAAUGAAAAGCUAAGUGUGAGGCACCAUCUGACCAAUGUGACGCUCUCAGCCAAUAAAACUCAACUCAUUUUGAAUUUCCUGAGUGUCAAACAAUCAGACGAAGGUUCUUAUGGAUGCAGUGUAAAAUGGGGCCAAGGUGAUACUGAUCAGGGACAUUUCAAGUAUGUGAACGUCACUGCAGCUGUCCCCUUCCAGAGGAGUGUAUUACACAGGGUUUUGGUCUGUGCCGGUGCUUCUCUUUGUCUUCCCAUCAUUCUGGGAUUGGCUCACUGUCUAAGUUCAAAAGUCAAGCCUCAGCCACUUCCAAGGACGCUGUCCAUUGCUGCAGCUGUAUACAGAGACCAACCACACCCAGCUCCACAGCCUCCACCUCGAUGCCCCAUACCCCAGAAACGUAGCACUUCCUUUCACAAAGCUGUCCCCAAGUCUAGGCAGAAGAUUGAGGUGGUGUAUGCAGACAUUUCCCAGGAUGCACUGAGACAACAGGGAGCCACCAGGGAGCCUGACCAGUCCACUGUGUACUCAUCCGUCAGAUUUUCCUGACUGCUGUCAAAGCAGGUGAACAAUUGUCUGCUGAGGAUUAAUUGCGUUAUUUUUGUGGGACUGUGGUUGACCCUUGACGUCUCCACGACAUCCUGAUGAAUAUUUCACUAUUACGUCAUUCUUAAAUUCAAGACUUUACCUGUGUUUUGGAAAAUCAUCACAGCAGAGGAAAAAAUAAGCUACAAAUUAAUGAAUUAAUAUUUGUCUCUCUAUGUCUAAGGGCUGUCCUGAUUACACUCUGAUGUGGAAGUAUAGUGUGCAAAAAAAUCCUUCAUGUGCAGGUAGCAUAAAAGACAGCAAGUGUUGUGGCCGGUUAGCUCAGUUGGUAGAGUGGGCGCACAUGUGCAGAGGUUUAUUCCUCCACGCAGAAGGUCCAGGUCCUGUGACGGUUUUCCUGCAAUUCUUCCCCCCCUCUCUCUCCCCUUUCAUAUCUCAGUUUUCCUCUCUAAUAAAGGCAGAAAUGCAGUCUGAAAAGCAGAUAAUGAGGAGAUAUUGCAGCAUUCAUCAACCAGCUGAAUUGUUAAUCAGUGUUUUAAGCCCCCAACGUCUCCUUCCAGGCAGCGCUGCAUGGAAGGCACUAAAAUUAGGCAAUGGUUAUGGUUAGGGUUAAAGUUAGGUGCCCUGAAGUCAACGGUCGCAGCACUGCUCCAGCCUUGAAGUCGAUUAGGCAAUGGUUAUGGUUAUGGUUAGGGUUAAGAUUAGGGUUAGGUGCCUUGAAGUCAAUGGUCGCAUGGCUGCCUGGAAGGAGACGUUGGGGCCUUGAAACACCAUCGAGCAGCUUAACCACAAUGAGGUGCUGCAGAGAGCAAAGACUCAGCUAUGUGGCAUCAUAUCAUUAAUAUCACCACUUUUAAUUAUCUUGAAAUGUGACUGCGGACAAGAAAAACAUAAUGUUUUUAAAAUGUGAAACAACCUUUGUCUAUAAUAUCUAUAUAUAUAAUAUCUAAGUGUUCCGUGUACAUAAAAUAUUAAAGUAUGAACAAAAAUACCCAUGAACUGUGCUGUAAGCUUGUCGUGUGAGAUUAAAAAAAUGAGAUACCACAUAAAUGACACAAAAU